AUGGCAUUUGCUCAAGUUGUCAAACCUUCUUUUUCCAAUAAAAACUAUGCAAUUAAAGUUUCAGUAUUUAAAUGCGGCGAAAAUGAAGGAAAAGAAAUCGGGACAUUUAGUGUUGGAUAUGGCGAUGUCGGUUUUGAGAAUAACAAUAUCACAAAUAACAAAUGCAUCGAAUGUUCAUCACUAAUUAUCCAACUUGAUGGAAGUUCAGGUACAUGUAAUUUCUCAAAUUUCAGAGAAAAUAACCAAACUGAUAGGAAUUCAAUCGUAUUUUUCACUUUUGGUCACCGCUCAUUAAAUCAAACAUUUUCUUAUUGCAAUGUUAUUGGAAAUAAAUGCGGAACAGACAAUCACCAAGUUCUAUUUUAUAGUUGUUACACAACCAAUGUUGAUCACUGCAUAUUUUUAAAUAACACUGCACAGUACAUGUUUGGCCAAUAUUUUGAAGUUGACAUUUUGACUAUUUCAGAAUCAUAUGUUGAAUCAAAUUCAACUACAGGAUUUGGAACCGUUACAUUUAAAAAUCUAAAAGAUACUUACGAUUUUAAUACUUUUACUGAUUUUUUCAAAGGAAAAUGCAUGAUAGAUCCAAAUUUAAUUUCAACUAAUUUAUCAUUUUCUUCUAAAAUUUCGAAAACCACAACGGUAGGAUUAUUUUCAUCAAAAAAGUAA